AAACAGCUACUACUACAAACCACAUCAGCGGAGUUCACGACACACACCAGAGGAGUACCAAGAGAAAAAACUGAGACAACGCCAUCGUAUUUGCCUCUGAGCGAAGUAACAGCCAUGUAUCUAAACAGGGAAGAGGACAAUAGCAAAGGCUCAGUGUCCCUCAGUGUGUUCCUGGUCUCCCUCGCAGUGACAGUGUGUGCUGUUUGGCUUGUGGCUCUUUGUGGCGUCUGUGGAUGGUGUCAACGCAAGCUGGGGAAGAGGAAUAAGCAGGGAGUGGAAACAGCAGACACUCCAGACUCUGCACGUGGGCGAGGGGAGAAGAAAGCCAUCAAUGAUCUAGACAGAGACUUUUGGAAUAACAAUGACAGCAGCACAGUGCAGCAGAGGUGGAGCUCAUAUCCGCCCAAGGAGUUCGUACUAAACAUUUCUCCCUAUGCCCCAUAUGGAGAUCCUCGCCUCACGCUCAAGCUGACAGAGGGAGGGCGAAAGCCAAACACAAAGCCUGUGAAGGGCAACAAGCCAGCUAACAGCCCCAAAGGCCAGCCUCCAGAUGCUGAUGGACACUCCUCCGUAACGGACCUGGCAAACUCUCUCACUGGAGACAUGGUGAUGCUAUCUCCAGGUUCUGAGGACGAUGAUGGUGAAGGGCCUAUCAGUGAAAAGCUGGGCCGGAUCCAGUUCAGCAUAGGCUACAGCUUCCAGAACACAACCCUCACUGUCAAAGUUCUCAAAGGCCAGGACCUCCCAGCCAAGGACUUCUCCGGUACCUCGGACCCUUUUGUCAAAAUCUACCUGCUGCCUGACAAAAAGCACAAACUGGAGACCAAGGUCAAGAGGAAGAACCUCAACCCACACUGGAAUGAAACCUUCCUCUUUGAGGGCUUCCCUUAUGAGAAGGUGAGAGAGCGCACUCUCUACCUCCAGGUGUUGGACUACGACCGCUUUAGUAGGAAUGACCCCAUUGGAGAGGUGUCAAUUCCCCUGAAUAAGGUGGAACUGGGCCAGAUGAAGACUUUUUGGAAAGAGCUCAAGCCCUGCAGUGAUGGCAGUGGGAGACGAGGAGACCUGCUGGUGUCUCUCUGUUAUAAUCCCACAGCCAACACCAUCACUGUGAACAUCAUCAAAGCGCGCAAUCUGAAAGCCAUGGAUAUCGGGGGCACCUCAGAUCCCUAUGUGAAAGUGUGGCUUAUGCACAAAGAUAAGCGUGUGGAGAAGAAGAAGACAGUGGUGAUGAAGCGCUGUCUGAACCCUGUUUUCAAUGAGUCCUUCCCUUUUGACGUGCCCGCUCAUGUGUUGAGGGAGACUACUAUCAUCAUCACCGUCAUGGACAAGGACAGGCUCAGCCGCAAUGAUGUUAUUGGCAAGAUCUACCUAUCAUGGAAGAGUGGACCAGCAGAAGUGAAGCACUGGAAAGACAUGCUCGCUCGGCCGCGUACUAACGUCGCCCAGUGGCACGCUCUCAAGGCCUGA